AUGGACGAUUCCAUCGAUGUCGCAGACGCAGUCACUGGAACGGAGCCUGUCCCUUCCUACCGACCUGAUGCAAAGACAAGGCGUUAUGACAGACAGUUGCGACUGUGGGCUUCUGCUGGCCAGAGGUCGCUUGAAGCUGCCCGAGUUCUUCUCGUCGGCUGUGAUGCCGCGGGAUGCCAGUCCUUAAAGAACCUUGUCCUUCCUGGUAUCUCUCACUUUACCAUCCUCUCCCCCAAAACAACCACAUCCCAGGAUGUUGCAACCAACUUCUUCCUCCACCCGGACGCCAUUGGCUCGAACAUUGCCCAAGAGAGUGUCAAGUAUCUGAAGGAACUGAACCCUUCUGUGGAAGGUCUGGCUCGUACAGAUGAUCCCGUUGCGCUCUUGGCCUCUGACCCUCACUACUUCCUCUCAUUCACCCUCAUCAUCCUAUCCAGCGUCGACCCCGCUCUCGAAGAUCAGCUUUCCGAGCUUCUUUGGCAAGCCUCCUCGACUAUCGGAGGUGCCGACAUUCCGCUGAUCUCUAUCCGGAACUCUGGCUUUGUCAGCCGUGUCCAAAUCCAGCUCAGAGAGCACGCCGUCAUUGAUAGCCACCCCGAUACCACCCAUACCCUCCGUCUCGACGAGCCGUUCCCCGCUGUCGAACAACACGCCCGGUCGCUUCAGCUUGCCGAUAUGGACACUUUGGAGCAUUCUCAUAUUCCUUGGGUUGUGCUUUUGGUCAGAGCAGCUAGCAUAUGGAAGGAGAACCACGGCGGAAAGCUUCCCGAUACGUCCGAAGAGAAGGCAGAGUUCAAGGAGCAGAUCAAGGCGGAGAAGAUCAAGAGUGACGAGGAGAACUACGAUGAAGCACUGGGUCAGGCGUACAAGGUGUGGCAGAAAUCUGAAGUGCCCUGGGAGAUCAAGCAGCUUCUGGAGGACGAGAGCGUUAAGAACAUUUCCCACAGUUCCAAGAAUCUACAGAUCCUCCUACACACCCUCAGCCAAUACAUCAUUCCCGCCCCUCACCUCCCACCCACAUCUCCCUCCCUCCCCGACAUGCACUCUAGCACCGAAUCCUACGUCGCUCUCCAGAACAUGUAUAAAGCUCAGCAUCAAGCCGACCUCGCAAAGUUCAAAGAGCUCUUGGCGCAGGUACUGGAAAAGGUGGGACUACCGGUAGAGAGUGUGCCGGCGGAUGAGGUGGAAGGGUUCGUGAGGAAUGUUGGAGGUGUGGGGAUCAUCAAGGGGACGUCUUUGAGAGAAAGCAAGGAUGGGAAGGGACUACUGGCUGCUGAGCUUGAGAGCUUUGACGAAGAGUAUCUCGAAAACGCUACACCUCUGUCUCUGUACCUCGCUAUUCUCGCCGCCGAAAAGUUCUUUGACACCAAUAAAAGGUGGCCUGGUACCACUACCAUCGAGGCGCUUAAGCAGGACAGCGCUGAGCUGGAAGCUAUCGUCAAGCCACUCCUCCCCCAGUACCCUGAUCUGCCUGAUGUCGUGUCAGAGAGUAUUGCUGAGGUGACCCGUGGUGGAUUUGCGACUAUACCCACGACUGCUGCCCUCGUUGGCGGUGUGGUGGCGCAAGAGGUGAUCAAGCUCGUCACCAACCAGUACACACCUCUCGACAACACUGUCGUCUUUGACCUCAUCAAGAGUGGGUCCGCCAAGUACAAGUUCUAG